AAGUUUCUUCUACACAGCAAAAUAGAAUAAGAAAAAAAUAAAAGCUGUCACUUGUUCUCGAACUUUCUCUCAAAUGUCACAGCUUCAAGUUUCUCAUCAACUCAAGAUGUUUCUUUCUUAUUGAAAACCUUUUGGUCUUUGCCGAUAUCUACAUCAAAAUCUUUUUGUCUUAGACUUGACCUUUUGAUGGAGAACUCUGCAAGUGGUUCUUUUUUAAGGAACAGAAGAUUAGAGAGCUUCCUCGAAACAAAAUCUGGUCCAAAUGUUAGAGAAACUCAGAAGAUACCUAGCAAACAAGUAAUAACAAGACAGAGGCCAAAUAAAACUGAUGCCUUUGUUGAUGAUGAUGGAUGGAUUCCAACAUUGAUAUCUUGUGUAAGGAUUGUAACAUGUUUCCUGGCAAUGAUGGUCACAACAUUCAUCUGGGCAAUUGUCAUGCUCAUGCUCCUUCCUUGGCCUUCUCAGCGAAUUAGACAAGGAAAUAUUUAUGGCCAUGUCACUGGUAGAUUGCUGAUGUGGAUAUUAGGAAAUCCAUUGAAGAUCGAAGGAACGGAGUUCUCGAAUGAAAGAGCCAUUUAUAUCUGCAAUCAUGCAUCUCCCAUUGACAUUUUCCUCAUUAUGUGGUUGACUCCGACCGGAACUGUCGGCAUUGCAAAGAAAGAGAUCAUAUGGUACCCCUUGUUCGGACAACUAUAUGUUUUAGCGAAUCAUCUUCGGAUUGAUCGAUCUGAUCCAAGAGCUGCCAUUAAGUCCAUGAAACAGGCAGUACAGGCUGUUAAAAAACAUGGUUUAUCUCUGAUUAUUUUUCCUGAGGGAACGAGGUCCAAAAAUGGACGACUCCUUCCAUUUAAAAAGGGUUUUGUUCAUUUAGCCAUAGAGUCUGGCCUUCCCAUAGUUCCAAUAAUCUUAACAGGCACUCAUCUAGCAUGGAGGAAAGGUAGCUUGCAUGUUCGACCAGCACCAAUAUCCGUUAAGUAUCUUCCUCCAAUUAAAACCGAUAGUUGGACGGCUGACAACAUCAACGAUUACAUAAAAAUGGUGCAUGACAUAUAUGUUGAAAACCUUCCGGAGGCACAGAAACCGAUUUCAACCGAUGACACCAAGAACAGUUCAAGAUCAUAACUUAAGAUCCUUCUUUCUUUUUUGGUAUUUUGUAGUCCUGUUAGAGCAAUAAGCCCGCAUUUUCUGCCUUGGAAAAAUUUUCAUAAUAAUAAUUUAUAAUAUUGUUAGUUCUGUUUAGCCUUGUUCUAAAGUUGAAUGUGAAAUGGGUUUCGUUGCCGAUUGUGUAUACGUGAGUGAUAUUGUAAGUACUGACUUCCACUCAAGGUGGCAUGUUAUUGAGAACCAUUUUCUUCUUAA